AUGGCAAUUGCAAAGGAAUUCAACUGGUUACAUGUGGACAGUGAAGACGAGAAUCCACAUCUACUAUCAACAUUAUCCAGUUGCUUGACGCUCAGCGAUGUACAAUGCGACAAUUACGUACGUCUGCUGGCAGUAGAUAUAUCCUUGGAUGAUUACGAGGCUGAGCCCAGUGCCAAGCUGAAAGUUUUUCGUGGAUUGCGGCUCAAACAGGAAUAUCCAUUGCCGGGCAUACCAACUGCCAUCGAGAGUCUCUAUAUUGACGAGUCAGAACCUAAAACGCCAGUUAUAGCAGUGGCCAUUGCGGAGUCAGUAUUGUUCUAUCGUCACUUAAAGCCGUAUUUUAAGUACACGAUACCAGUGUUGGAAGCAGAUGAUCUGGAAGCGGAGCUAUGGCGUAAGCUUCCCGUAAUGAAGCGGGAGACACAUGACGACUUACUGCUAUUGCUUAAGGAUGUAGACCAUGCCAAAUUAUCACGCAAAACUCAACGGCUGCUGCAACUCUCCGGGGAGGAACGUGAGGCGUUUAUAGAGACUCACAAGGACUCGCCUGUGGGUCGGAUUGGUAAUAUUGUGACCAUGUGCUGUUUAAAGCGCGUUUCCAGUGAUGCCAAUCCGCCAUCGCAUUUAGUUUUAACAACGGACACUGGACACAUUUAUGUGCUGGAGCCGCAGGGAUUUAACCUUGUAUAUGAGGCGAAGAUCUGUAGCUAUGAAACGGCUGUGCCCAGUUUGAUAUCAGUGCAUGGCACCUACGAAACAGAAUUUUGCAUUGUUGUGGGCACACGCAAUGGCGGCGUCUAUUUACUGCGCAAGUCGAGCAGCGAGGGUCAGGAAAUUCUAAAACUAACAACGCCACUAACUGGACUGCUGCUGUUGCCAGUGGAUCAGACAAUUGUAGUCACCACCAUGGAGCCAAAUCUAUCUUGCUAUUCCAAGCGUGGCAAGCAGCUGUAUCAGGUGCAACUAGAGGCACAUCCUGUGUGCAUAAUCCCACUACCACUUACACAUCUGGGCAUAACUUUGGUGGCCGUGGCAUUACAAGGUGGAGCUGUCAAGUUUUAUUUGCAGCGCUACCUUGUGGAUGAGUUCGAGGUGCCGGAAACAGUCGCUGCCAUGCUAUAUGGACGCAUGGGCAUGGAGGAUCAUGUGCUCACGCUAAUAACCCAAAGCGGUCAAAUGAUUGUCAAGAUAUUGCGGCGCGUAACAUGCUUUGAUCCCAUUAAUGAAAUAGGAGCCAGUAAAACGACGCUAAGCUCACACCAAGUGGUCGAUGCCUCCAUAUUGGACAAGCCUAAAAAGAGCUCCAUCUUCGUAGAGCAGGCGGCACGUGAAAAAGUGCAUGCAAAGGCUAGCUAUAGCAGCUUUCAGGUGGAGCUGUGGCGUCUACGACACACUGCAGCUCGUGCUACUAUCGACGCUAUUAACUCUUCGGAGAGCACCAUUUCGGGUGACCUAACACAUGCGCCAGUCAAACUGUCCGCUGAGGUGUGCGGCGCUGGACCUGCCUUUCGUCUCUACCUCACCGUGCAGAAUCUGUCCACCUUCAAGAUGGCCUCGAAUCUGUUGGUAUUGCUGCAUGCGGACAGACGACACUACACGCUUCAACAAUCGCUGGCCAGAUUGCCCAGCGUUCUGCCUGGCAUUCCACUGCGCGUGGACUUUGAAGUUGUAGCUGUACUGGAUGCAGUGGACAAACUGCCACCGGCCAGUCUUACCCCAGAUAAUGCACAGAUUCGCGUCAUGCUACUCAAAAUAGGGCAAUCAAAGCCACUUAUUGCUGCUGUUGUGGCAAUGCCACAAUCUGAGGCAGCUUUCUAA